AAGCUAUGCUUGGAUUUCUUACCCCUUUUCCCUAGCAAUUGAGAUUCUAUAUAUGCUAUCAAUAUCUGUUGGGCCUGCUAUCUUUGAUACUAUUUCUGUUGGUUCUUAGUUCAAUUGCCAUAGAGCAAUGGAAUAGACUAGUGACAGGAUGAUUUCAAGUGUUCUUUUGAUUGUAUUUGUCAACUAGAUUUGUGAUUCACUCUCCCAUGUGCAGCAUGCUUAGUUGGUCAAAUAUUACCUUUAUUCUUUAUUGAAGAAGCUCUGAAGUAAAUUUAUCAAACCAAGUGAAAUUUUCUAAACGAAAUGGGAGAAAUGCAAAAACGGCUAGAGUAGAGAUUCCAACCUCGAUUAUAAGAGCUCUAAGAAUUUCAUCAGAAAAUAAGAGUCUAAGAAAAGAAAGGCUGUAAAAAAGUGACAUGUGCAUUCAAGUGUUCAUGUUAAGAUUGCUACCCCCUACUUCACUAUAUUGCUGUAGAUCCUAAGCUCAUACUAGAAUGGUGUAAUGAUGUUUACUUGAAUGUCUUAAUGCUUGAUUCCUCAUAGAUGGCCUAUUGCUGGUUUGUGUGUAAAUGUCCACAUCAUGCUCCUUCCACUAUUUCUGACUUGUGUAAAUUGUUUCAGAAUUCUAUUUCCAGCCUGAAUUACUAAAGUUCUGACAAUAAGAUUAGGCGAGGCAGUUCACUUUAUUGGCAGUGUAUCAAAAUUAAAGGAUUCUGGAAAUAGUUACGUCCGAGCGCACUCUAAGAAAGACUAAUAACAGCGAAGCUUAAGUACUGAGAAAUGGAAAAUCUGUCAAGUUUUUGGGGCCCUGUGACAUCCACACAUGAGUGGUGUGAGCUGAAUUAUGUCCACUCUUCCUAUAUUGCUGAAUUUUUCAACACCAUAUCUAAUGUCCCAUGCAUCCUCCUAGCACUAAUUGGUCUUGUUAAUUCUUUGAAAUAUCGAUUUGAGAAAAGGUUCAGUGUCCUUCACCUAUCAAAUAUGAUACUUGGCAUUGGCAGCAUGAUAUAUCAUGCCACAUUGCAGCGACUGCAGCAGCAAGGGGACGAAACACCUAUGGUGUGGGAAAUGCUCCUUUACAUCUACAUUCUCUACUCUCCCGACUGGCAUUAUCGAAGUACAAUGCCCACGUUUUUGUUUCUCUAUGGCGCAGCAUUCGCAGUUGCACACUCACAAGUUCGCUUCAACCUUGGUUUCAAGGUACACUACGGACUGCUUUGUCUCCUUUGCAUUCCCAGGAUGUACAAGUAUUACAUUCACACAGAAGACAGAGCUGCUAAGCGGCUGGCAAAGCUCUAUGUGGCCACUCUUGUGACAGCAACCAUCUGCUGGCUAGCCGACCGUCUCUUCUGCAAGGAUAUUUCGCUGUGGCACUUCAAUCCACAGGGUCAUGCCUUGUGGCAUGUUUUAAUGGGUUUCAACUCGUACUUCGCCAACACGUUUUUGAUGUUCUGCCGAGCACAACAACGAGGGUGGAAUCCCAAAGUAAAGCACUUUUUGGGUAUGUUCCCUUACGUGAACAUUCAAAAACCAAAAGCACAGUGAAAUGGAUAUUAAUUGUGAGAAAGUGCGAAUAUGUUACGUGCUGGUUGGGAAAAACUGAGAUUCAUUUUUUGCUCUUUAAUUUUGUUUUGAAACAUGUAUGUAAAUCAUAGCUGGAAGUAAACUUAGAUGGUUGAUAUUUAAAUUUUGACUGUAAAAGUAGAAUAUUACUAUGAGGUAGCAUAUUUUCAUAUAUCGUGUGACAAGAACAGUUUCUAGUCUUGGUCAAUUGGAUUUUACGGUGGCUUACAAAAUAUUUGUGGGCUGAUUGAGAUGUUUGUUCUAUGGAAUUUUGGGAUAAUAAUUAUUUUAUUUUUAUUAUGAUAA